AUGAGGGCCGACCCGGAUCAUCGAGACAAGCAUAAGUACUACCACUUUCACCGAGAUCAUGUCCAUAACACAGCUGAUUGUGUAGAUCUCAAAGAUGAGAUCGAGACCCUUAUUCGGAAGGUACAUCUAUGCCGAUACACCAAAGAAGAAAAAACUACUCGGAAAGAAACGCAAGGGCAGCCGAAUAACCUCCUGGAAGAGCCAGCUGAAAUCCACACCAUUUUUAGGGGUUCAUCCGGUGGGGGAGAUUUGAAUAGGGCUCGGAAAGUCCACUCUCGGAAGCCUGAUCCAGAACAUUACAUUCACCUGACCGAUCAGCCUAGCAAGGAACUCUGGGUCAACCCAUGUAGCCUAACCUUCACCGUGGACGAUGCCCGCGGAAUCCAGCAUCUGCACGAUGAUGCCCUGAUGGUUACCAUGACCAUAGCUAAUCAAAAGGUGUACCGUAUUCUGGUUAACACUAGUAGCUUAGUCGACGUGGUCUACUCCGAGGCUUUCAAGAGAAUGGGAUUCCACGGUCGUACCUUUGACCUAUGA